GGCAGCGUACAGGAAGUAAACAUAAAAUUGGUCUCGUCCGCAAUAUUUUCUUUUUGUUAAAACAGCAAAAAUGGACCGCUUUUGGUGGUCAAAUGGGCUCCUAGAAAUAAACGAAACUUUAGUUAUCCAGCAACGAGGUGUCAGACUGUAUGACGGUGAUGAUAAGGCUAAACUGGAUAUUGGAGUUGCCUUGUUGAGCACCCAUCGGCUGAUCUGGAGGGACGUUAAAAAUCAUGAAUGCUGUAUAGCUAUGCCCCUGUCACAGAUCAUCUUCUUUGAGGAGCAGGCUGCAGGAAUAGGAAAGAGUGCAAAAAUAGUUAUCCACCUGCACCCAGCACCUGCUAACAAGGAGCCAGGUCCUUACCAACACAGCAAGUACUCAUUCAUCAAGCUGUCCUUCAAAGAACACGGGCAGAUUGAGUUUUACAGGAGGCUGACAGAGGAAAUGACUCAGAAGAGAUGGGAGAAUACACCAGUUUCACAACCCAUCUCCACAGGGACCGGCUCACAGGCAGGAAGGACACGUGCUGUGGGGAUUGUUGGCAUUGAGAGGAAGAUAGAGGAGAAGAGGAAAGAAACAGACAAAAACAUUUCUGAGGCCUUUGAGGACCUCAGUAAACUGAUGGUAAAGGCCAAAGAGAUGGUGGAGCUAUCCAGAUCUAUAGCCAAUAAGAUCAAAGACAAGCAGGGAGACAUUACAGAAGAUGAGACAAUACGAUUUAAGUCCUACCUAUUGAGCAUGGGUAUUGCUAACCCCGUUACCAGGGAAACAUAUGGAUCAGGUACACAUUACCAUAUGCAGCUGGCUAAGCAGCUAGGAGAUAUGCUACAGGCGCCUCUAGAGGAGCGUGGAGGUAUGAUGGCUCUCACUGAGGUGUACUGUCUCGUCAACCGCGCUAGAGGGAUGGAGCUUUUAUCUCCAGAAGAUUUGGUAAACGCCUGCAAGAUGUUUGAGUCAUUGAAGCUCCCGUUGAGGCUGCGUGUGUUUGACAGCGGUGUGAUGGUGGUCCAGCUGCAGUCUCACAGCGAAGAGGAAAUGAUAGCGUCAGCACUGGACAGCGUCUCAGACAAAGGCUCUCUGACAGCAGAGGAGUUUGCAAAGCUAUUGGGUCUCUCUGUUCUUCUGUCCAAAGAGCGUUUGUUGCUGGCGGAGAAGAUGGGCCACCUGUGUAGAGAUGACUCUGUUGAGGGUUUGAGAUUCUACCCGAACCUCUUUUGACCUGUUUCCAGUCGUUAUUGUUGAGAUAGAAAACAUGACUUCAACUGGGCUGCACUGUCUCUACUGACAGACUGAUCCUUUGCAUAUAGAGGUGAUGCAUACUGAUGUGCAGCAGCAGAGUGCCUGCUGUGUCAAAUUUGGUCCAGUCUAUUUUCUAACUGUUGGAGAGCUAGAUUCUGUCUUUUAAAUUUAUCAGUUGGAUACUUUUCCAGGAAAUGUUCAAGAUUCUGCAAAUACUGUACAUGCAGCAAAGUGUUCCAGGUUUUGCUCUGCUUGGUGGAGCGAUUGUCAUGUGUGUUUAGUAAUAAACAAGUUUAGGAAAAUGGACUUUUU